UCAGAAGUGUCUAAACAUUAAACAAUACUAUGGAUACCAGCCGAAACAGAACUUGUAGCGAAGGAAACGCAGAUGAUACAGAUUCUGUAGGUUUGGGAUGUGCUCUAGAGGUUUUCAAAGAAUACGAUGAGAUUAUCAGUUUGAUAUCACAGUUAAAAACAGUUUAUAAUGAUCAAUCACAAUCAGAAAAAGUUAUAGAAAGAUUCAUAUACAUUCUGAAUCAAUAUCAAGAACAACCGCACCUCCUGGAUCGCUAUUUAGAUGACUUUCUAAAUGAAUUAUUGAAAAUUGCAAGGAAUCCUGACAAUGAAAAGAGUCUGCAAUAUCUUGCUUUCAAAUUUCUUUACAUAAUAACUAAAGUGCGGGGUUACAAAGUAGUUCUAAGGCAUUUACCACAUGAGGUGAGUGAUGUGGAACCUGUUCUUUCUUUGUUGAAUGAACAGGAUCCACAUGAUGCUGCAACAUGGGAAGCUCGAUACAUGCUAUUGCUGUGGAUGUCUAUAAUUGUAAUGAUACCUUUCCACAUGACUCGUUUAGAUGAUACGAGUGAGAGUGGUUCAGAAAAAAAACCUAUUAUGGAAAGAAUUAUAAACUUAAUUAAAAUGUAUCUGAGUGUCAGUGAUAAAGCAAGGGAUGCUGCUGCCUUUUUAGCUGCUCAUUUUAUUACAAGACCUGAUGUUAAAGAUGUGUAUCUCAAAGAAUAUUUAGAUUGGUGCAUAAAAAUGUUAGUAUCCAGUGAUAAUGAAAUUAGCUUGCAAGCUGGUAUACUGUCAUCAUUAGCUUUACUUUUUAAACACGGUAAAAGAGAUGAUGUGAAAAGUUAUGGUGCUCCAGUUCUUCGCAAAAUUCUUGAGUGUGGAUUCAAAGACAAUUCAAGUUCAGUUGUACGAAAAAUGGCAUUAAAAUUGAUUCAAAGAAUUGGAUUGAGUUUUUUGAGAAUGAAAGUUGCUAGCUGGCGCUACAGCCGAGGGAAACGAUCAUUAGCUGACAACCUGGCUUAUGGAGAUGUUGGAAAGCAAAUGUCAACAGAGAAGGAAUCUUCAGAUGAUGAAGAUUAUGAUAUACCAGACGAGACUGAAGAUAUUAUAGAACAACUUUUAGUUGGUUUAAGGGAUAAAGACACAAUAAUUCGAUGGUCUGCUGCUAAAGGUAUUGGAAGAGUAACCAGUAGAUUGCCCAAAGAAUUAGCUGAUGAUGUUGUAACUUCAGUUCUUGAGCUGUUUAGUCUUAGAGAAAGUGAUUCUGCAUGGCAUGGAGGUUGUUUAGCUCUGGCUGAACUUGGUAGAAGAGGCCUUAUACUUCCUCAACAUUUAGAUCGAGUUGUGAGUGUUGUUUUGAAGGCAUUGAUUUAUGAUGAGCAAAGAGGGAAUUUCUCUGUUGGUGCUCAUAUUAGAGAUGCGGCUUGUUAUGUAUGUUGGUCAUUUGCCAGAGCAUAUGAUCCUACUGUACUUCAACCAUAUGUAAAUAGCAUUGCUGGAGCAUUAUUGGUUGCAACUGUUUUUGACAGAGAAAUCACAUGUCGGCGAGCUGCAUCUGCUGCAUUCCAGGAAAAUGUUGGUCGCCAAGGCACUUUUCCUCAUGGUAUUGAGAUUCUGACAGAAACUGACUACUAUGCUGUGGGUUCCCGUCAAAACUCAUUUCUCAAUUUAAGUGUUUAUAUUGCUCAGUUUUCAGAAUAUACACUUCCUCUUAUCAAUCAUCUAUUGGAAUAUAAAGUGAACCAUUGGGAUUCAGCAGUUAGAGAACUAGCAUCAAAAGCUUUGCAUAAUUUAACUAGCUUAGCUCCUGAAUUCAUGGCAAAAACUGCAAUUCCAGAACUUCUAACUAAAGCAAUUGGAAUCGAUUUAAAUGCUCGUCAUGGCUCAAUAUUUUCAAUAGGUGAAAUUAUGCAUGCCUUGUCAAAUCAAAAGAACAACACAGAGUCAAUUGAGGAUAUUUUAGGUGCUGAAAACAUGGAGAAAAUAAGAUCCCUUAUAUUUGUGUUGGAUCAAAGAGGGUUGUUUCGUGGUCUUGGUGGUAUCUUAAUGAGAAAUGCUGUUUGUUUACUUAUUGAAAAGUCAUCAAUGGCUGCCUUACCUUUUCAUAAAGAUGAAAAAUUAAUUGAAAAAUGGCAAGAAAUACUGGAUAGUUGCCUUCAACAUACAGAUGCUGCUGUUAGAUUAUCAGCAGUAUCAGCUCUGCCUCAUUUUCUUAAUCAGUACUACCCACCUGAUAGCCCCCAAUGUUCUGUUCUUUUGAAACGUUACUUAGAACAACUGAGUUCAAAUCAUAUGGAAACUAGAUGUGGUUUUGCACUUGCUGUUGGGGCCUUUCCAAAAUUUAUAUUAAAUGGUUCAAUAGCUCACACCAUUCAAAGUUUAAGUAAAUGUGCUGAACUGACGGAAGAAUUUUCAAGUUGGGCUGAAGCACGUAGAGAUGCUAUUAAAGCUCUUUCACAGAUAGCUGUUACUGCUGGGAUAAAUCCUGCUGGAAAUGAAAAUGACAGCAUCUGUCAGUCUAAUUUAGAUGCAUUAUUUAAUAGUUUUCUUGCUGGUACUAAUGACUAUACUUUAGACAGUCGAGGUGAAAUUGGUGCUAUUGUACGUGAAGCAGCUAUGGUGGCUAUCCAGGAAACAGUUCAUCUUGUUAUGAAGAAAGAAUCCCAAAUGUUGUCUGAAGAUUUAGUAUCUAAUAUUUUUUGUGUCAUUUUGCAACAAUGCACAGAAAAAAUUGAUCGAACACGAUCUGUUGCUGGAAGUGUUUUUGAAAGUCUGUUAAUGAGUGAUCCAAAAGUGCCUCAUAUUCCAUACCACAAUGAACUUAUAGAGAUAUUUAAUUCAGAAAUCUGUGAUGAAAUCAAUUGGGCUUCCCCAGGAGAUACUUUUCAUUUAUUUGUCAAAAUUCUUAAUUUUACAUGUUAUCGUCAAAGUCUCUUAUUAGGUUUUGUUGUGAGUGUUGGAGGAUUGACAGAAUCAUUGGUUAAAUAUUCCAGUUCAGCUCUUGUAUCGUACCUCUUAGCAAAUCAGUCCAAUGUUGAACUCAUGAAAGCCAUUGCAUAUGAUCUUCUUUCCAUUCUCAAAGAAAACUAUCAAAACGAUCGUAUUGUAAUACCUUUCUUCAAAAUGAUGAACUACUUAUUACUCUCAGACAUAGUAUUUCUCAGUGGAGAUGAACAAACUGAUUUCUAUAACGAAUUAGUCAGCUUAACUUGGUCAUGUUCAUACAAAUCUAGAGACCCUCAAAAAAUAAUAGCUGCAGUUGACUUAUUUUGCAAUUUGCUUCAAGUCUCCAAGCAAUGCCAGACACAGUCACUUAAUAGACUUGUUAUAUUCCUCUGCCAUCGUUUUCCAAGAAUAAGAAAAGUUGCUGCAAACAAGCUUUAUGAAGCAUUCAUUACUUAUGACAUAUUAGAAGAUGAAGAAGUGAUGGAUGAGAUAACAAACUUAUUGUGUGAAACAGAUUGGAAUGAGUCUUUAGAUAUCCUUCGUCCAAUUAGGAAUAACCUGUGUGAAAAACUUGGACUUGAACCUCCGAAAUUGAAAGCAAAAUGAAUUAGGGUGCUUAGCCUAAUAUAUUUUUAAUAAAAUUAAAACAUUCUACUACUGCUGCUUUCUUAAUUUACAAAACAUGGCAGCCUGCUUAGUUAUGUGGAGAUGACUGCUCACUAUUUUAUGAUGUAACUUUAUUUGUUUAUUGUUUUAUUGCAUGAAAGCCUUUGUUCAUUACUACAGUACUAUUUUUAUAUUAAUUUGAAUUUCCAUGAUUAAAAAUGUUGAGCUUAAA